AUGGUGAAGAAAGCACUUACCUUCCCACUUGCAAUGAUUGCCCCACAGCCCGAAAAGCCUCUGCUAUUGUACCUGACCUCUACUUCUCAUUCUAUUGGAGCUCUACUUGUCAAAGACAUAGAUGGCAUUGAGAAGCCAUUCUAUUACACCAGUCGCAAAGUCAAUGCUGCCGAGUCGCGAUAUACCCCAAUUGCGAUGCAUUGUUUAGCCUUAAUCUUCACAACACAGAAGUUGUGCCACUACUUUUUGGCACACUCGAUCCAGGUUGUGACCCAGAGUGAUCCAGUUUGCUAUUUGCUGAGCAAACCCGCUCUGAUUGGAAGAAUGACAAGAUGGCUCUUGGCUCUAGCAGAAUAUGAUAUCAUUUGUGUUACUCCCAAGGCUAUUAAGAGCCAAGCACUUGCAGACUUACUGGCACAAUUCCCAUCUGGUGAACAUAAACCUGUAGAGGUGCCUCUACCAAGUGAGGUCCAUCUCUUAGCAGCUGCAAUUCAGACUUAUUGGGACUUAAAGUUUGAUGGAGCUUCCGAAGCUAAGAAAGGUGGAGCUAGUGUAACACUAACUAGUCAAGAAGGAGAGAAGUUUCAUCUAUCAUAUAAGCUUGACUUUGAGUAUUCAAACAACGAGGCUGAAUACGAGGCGCUGAUACUAGGUCUAAUAGCUGCCCAAAAGAAAGGCCUCCGCAAGUUGAAAAUUUGGGGCGACUCCAAGUUAGUUAUCAAGCAAACGAUGGGUGAUUUCACCUUGAAGGAGCCUCUAUUAGCCCCGUACCGCACUGUAGUUCAAAGGUUGCUCACUCAGUUUGAUGAUGUCCAAAUCCAGCAUACCCCUCGAACACAUAACCGUUUUCCCGAUGCCUUGGCUACACUAGGGACAAAGGUGGAGAUACCAGAUGAUAGUAUAGCCAUCGUCAUUGAGAAAAGAACAACAUCAGUAGUGCUAGUCGAAGAACAUACAGAGCAAGAUGCUGAGGGGUGGAAAACAGAUAUAAUCUAG